AUGCACCCUCGGCCCCCCAGCACAGACAAGCUUCUGAUGACGACCCGCAGGCUCAUGGCGGCCCCAGAAUCGUCGCUCGUCAUUUUUAAGGCGAUGCUGGACAAUGAGGGCAACCAGACGAUGGUCGUCAGCAAGACUCUGCUCAGUGAGAGGAGCGACUUCUUCAAGACGAUCGCUGGCUCUAUAUCACUCCCUGUCAUUGAGUUCAAGAGUAUCGACCCGACCUCGCUAGAGGCGCUAGUCUUCUUCCUGUACACGGGAACGUGCAUCUUUUGGUCACGAAAGCAGGGCCAAGCUCGCCUUUCUCAACUCGGCAUGUAUGACGACGGGCCGCGCUUCGCCGUCUCCCCGUGGAGCGAUGACAUGCACCCCUGCGACGCCGCGAAGAUGUACGAACUGGCGGACAUGUAUGCUGAGCCGGAUCUGCGAAAGCUCGCCCACAGUCACAUUGUCAACGAGCUGGAUGUCGAACAGGCCUUCAAGGACCUCUUCGCGAGCAAGCUUUGCCAGCUGUACAGCGAGAUUCGCGAGGAGUACAUCGACUUCUGUGUGGAGCACUUUGACGAGAUCUCUAAGCUCGACUCAUACGGGCAGACGAUUGGCGAGAUCGUCUCGGGGGCGUACCCGCCGAUCGCCGCCGAGGCUCUGCGCACGGUCAUGGCUCGCAUCGGAGCCAGACCCAAGUGA